AUGCUAGUCUUGGCAUGUUGCAUCGGUGCGCAACAGGGCCCAAAUCGAAGCCUGCCACUUGUGCUGUUUGACGUCUCCCUGCCGGCUUGGCUGUGCGCACGGAGAGCUUUCGGCACCAUGGCGGCGGCCAAGUCUUGGUUUAGGCCCGUGCUCUUCAUCCUUCGGGGUGUGAUGGCCAUGGCGAACGAAGUCAUAAAUGUAUUGAGUGUCGGCCGUACCGGGCAUGGCAAGUCGCAAUCACUGAAUGUCUUGGCAGAUCGGGACAUCUUUCAGGUAGGACAUGGCUUCGAUAGCCAGACAGCAACAUCGGCUGUCAAGUCCUUUGAGCGAGAUGGAUAUCGGUUCAACGCUUGCGACACUCCAGGACUUUACGAUACAGGGGUGUCUCUCAACGACACGCUCAAAGAGCUGACAAAUGUUGCCUUCCUUCGCCCGGAAGGCUACCAUGUCGUUCUGCUGCAGCUGGACGACGGCAGGUUCACGAAGGAAUCUGAGCUGACGUUGGCUGUCAUCGAGAAGACCGCUGGCUUCGAGGUCUAUAAGCACAUGAUUCUCACCAUCAAGAACGGUCAGAAGAUGAGCAAGGAACAGUGGGUCGAAAAAGCGCAAAGCGGUCCCAAGAAGCUCGCAGAGCUUGUGAAAGCCGUGGAGAACCGAGUCGUUCCGAUCGACAUCAGCUCACCCGGGCAAUGCCAGCGCAGCGGGGAGGCUCUGAGGGCAGAGGUGAUACGCCUGACGAAGGAACACCACUUCCGCACGUACACCAACGAGCACUUCACGGAAGCUGGGAGGCGUUUGAAGAGCAUCAUGCAGGCCGUCGACCCAGAAACGAAAGCUAAGCACGAGUGGGAGCAGUGGUGGGCUGCCAUGAAGGAGAAGGAGGCUGCCAUCCAGGCUGGAUCCGAUGCUGCCGAGAGUCUGCGAGCGGACUACGAAUGGAAGAUGGCGGACAUGGAGCGCCGUCUGGAAGAGGCGAAGCAGCAGCAACAGGUGUGGGCCGCAACCCGCUUCCAGGGAGGCGCGACGUCUGAGGGUGGGUCGGAUGGGCUUCUUGGCUUCGUUGGAGCGGUCGGUGUUCUGGCAGCAGCAGCAUCAGGAUGCCAAAUUUCGUAG